ACACUUUAGCACACCAGUCCGGAGGAUUCGCACGACUAACCUGAACUUUCAUUGUUCUUGUAGGCUUCCCCAUACCCUUUGGCAUUUGUGAUAUCAGAUAAGAUUAAUGCUUCACUGCUCUUUAAUGAAGCACUCGCUGUACAUCUCCAGCGUUCUUGACAGUAAAGGCACAGGCAUUGAUAACACCGCGAACACCAAUGGGACUGCAUAACUCUCAUCCGAAGCUGUACCCCGGAGAUAUUCUUGAGUUUCCUGGCAACAGUUACUUUUCUCAUUUUGGCGUUUACUAUGGAGAAAGAGACGGAGUUCCUUAUGUGGCCCAUCUGACAAUCAGAGAUUCAGACACCAAACUCCUCCUUUUCGGCCGAGCUAUAAACGCCUCGGUAAAGCUAGACCCGCUUGAUGUAGUCGGGAAAAAAUACAAGGUAAGAAACUACCUGGAUGACAAGCAUCCACCACGAGAUUUCUACGUUCUCAUCAAGCCGGAGAUCGAUGAAAUCAUGACGAAACCUAUCACCUUUGACAUCCUGUUCAACAACAGCGAACAUCAGGCCACAAUGUUACGUUACGGGGUUAAAAAGUCAGAGCAGAUUGAAAAAGUCUAUUCCAAGAUAGUUCCCACCUGGAAAGAUUUGUUCGAGAAGAAAAAGAUUUGAGAGCCACAUCUUCUGCAUGAAGAAGCAAGACUUCAAGACCAUACAAAAACUAUUUCUUAAGUAAUUCCUAUCAAAAAGAUCCUGUGUCAAACAUACU